AUGCUCCCAGCAAGCUCCAAGGCACUGGUGCUCCUAGCAGCUUUGCUGACAGGAUCCCUGGGUCCCGCGAGCGGCCAGCAAGCAGGCUCACUGCCCUGGGAAGUGCAGCGCUAUGACGGCUGGUUCAACAAUCUGAGACAUCACCAGCGCGGUGCUGCGGGCUCGCGGCUGCAGCGGCUGGUUCCUGCCCACUACGCCGACGGCGUGUACCAGGCCCUGGAGGAGCCCCUGCUGCCCAACGCGCGCAGUCUCAGUGACGCGGUCGCCCGCGGCAGGGCCGGGCUGGCGUCGCUCCACAACCGCACGGUGCUGGGGGUCUUCUUCGGCUACCACGUGCUCUCGGACCUGGUGAGCGUGGAGACACCAGGCUGCCCCGCCGAGUUCCUCAAUAUCCACAUUCCGCGCGGAGACCCCGUGUUCGACCCCGAGCAGCGCGGCGACGUGGUGCUCCCCUUCCAGAGGAGCCGCUGGGACCCCAAGACCGGACAGAGCCCCAGCAACCCCCGGGACCUGACCAACCAGGUGACCGGCUGGCUGGACGGCAGCGCCAUCUACGGCUCCUCGCACUCCUGGAGCGACGCGCUGCGGAGCUUCUCGGGGGGCCGGCUGGCGGCCGGGCGCGACCCCGCCUUCCCGCGGGACUCGCAGGACCCCCGGCUCAUGUGGAGCGCGCCGGACCCCGCCACCGGGCAGGCCGGGCCCGGGGGGCUGUACGCCUUCGGGGCCCCGCGCGGGAACCGGGAGCCCUUCCUGCAGGCGCUGGGCCUGCUCUGGUUCCGCUUCCACAACCUGUGCGCGCGCAGGCUGGCCCGGGAGCACCCGCGCUGGGGCGACGAGGAGCUGUUCCAGCACGCCCGCAAGAGGGUCGUCGCCACCUACCAGAACAUCGCUCUGUAUGAAUGGCUGCCCAGCUUCCUGCAGAAGUCACCCCCAGAGUAUGCAGGAUACCGUCCGUUUCUGGACCCUAGCAUCUCCCCAGAGUUCGUGGUGGCCUCGGAGCAGUUCUUCUCCACCAUGGUGCCCCCUGGCGUCUACAUGAGAAACUCCAGCUGUCAUUUCCGGGAAGUCCUGAGCAAGGGUUUUGGCAGCUCUCCAGCUCUCAGGGUCUGCAACAGCUACUGGAAUCGGGAGAACCCGAAUCUGAAGAGUGCCCAGGAGGUGGAUCAGCUGCUGCUGGGAAUGGCCUCCCAGAUAGCAGAGCUAGAGGACAGGAUAGUGGUGGAAGACCUGAGAGAUUACUGGCCUGGUCCUGACAAGUUUUCCCGCACAGACUACGUGGCCAGCAGUAUCCAGCGUGGCCGAGAUAUGGGUCUGCCCAGCUAUAGCCAGGCUCUGCUGGCCUUGGGACUAGAGCCGCCAAAGAACUGGAGUGACCUCAACCCCAAAAUAGACCCCCAGGUGCUGGAGGCCACAGCCUCCCUGUACAACCAGGACCUGUCCCAGCUUGAACUACUCUUGGGUGGGCUCCUAGAAAGCCACGGGGACCCUGGACGCCUGUUCAGCACCAUUGUCCUCAAUCAGUUUGUGCGACUGCGGGAUGGUGAUCGCUACUGGUUUGAGAACCCCCACAAUGGGCUAUUCUCCGAGGAGGAGAUUGCAGAAAUCAGAAACACCACCCUGAGGGACGUGUUGGUAGCUGUAACCAAUGUGGACCCUAGUGCCCUGCAGCCCAAUGUCUUUUUCUGGCAGCAAGGUGCACCCUGCCCGCAGCCCCAGCAGAUCACAACGGAAGGUUUGCCCCACUGCGCACCCCUUACCGUACUUGAUUACUUUGAGGGCAGUGGUGCAGGCUAUGGCCUGGUCAUCGUGGCUCUCUGCUGCUUUCCGUUAGUGAGUCUGGUCAUUGCGGGGGUGGUUGCCCAUUUCCGGAACCGAGAGCGCAAGAAGCUACUACAGAAAGGCAAAGAGAGUAUCAAGAAGGAAGCAGUCAGAGAUGGACUAACAGCGAUGGAGUGGCCAGGCCCUGGUGAGAGGUGCUACCCCGUCACCAUCCAGCUGCUCCCAGACAGAUGUCUUCAGGUCCUGGACAAGUGCCUCACUGUGCUCCGCACCAUCCAGCUGCGACCACCUCAGCGUGUCCACCUCAUCCUGUCCAGCAACCGUGGGUGCCGCACCCUGCUGCUCAAGAUCCCCAAGGAGUACGACCUGGUGCUACUGUUUAACGCUGAAGAGGAGCGGGGAGCUUUUGUGCAGCAACUGCAGGACCUCUGUGUGCGCUGGGCUUUGGACCUCCACCAGGCUGGCAUGGGCGAGAGGGAGCUGUUCAAGAAGGCUGUGACCAAGCAGCAGCGGGCACACAUCCUGGAGAUCUUCUUCAGACACCUUUUUGCUCAGGUGCUGGACAUCAACCAGGCCGAUGCAGGGGCUCUAUCCCUGGACUCAUCCCAGAAGGUGCAGGAGGCUCUGACCUGUGAGCUGAGCAGGGCUGAGUUUGCAGAGUCCCUGGGCCUCAAGCCUCAGGACAUGUUUGUGGAAUCCAUGUUCUCUCUGGCUGACAAGGAUGGCAAUGGCUACCUGUCCUUCCGGGAGUUCCUGGACAUCUUGGUGGUCUUCAUGAAAGGCUCCCCAGAAGAUAAGUCCCGCCUGAUGUUCACCAUGUAUGACCUGGAUGCAAAUGGGCUCCUCUCCAAGGACGAGUUCUUCACCAUGAUGCGGUCCUUCAUUGAGAUCUCCAACAACUGCCUGUCCAAGGUCCAGCUGGCUGAGGUGGUGGAGUCCAUGUUCCGGGAGUCGGGCUUCCAGGACAAGGAGGAGCUGACGUGGGAGGACUUCCACUUCAUGCUGCGGGACCAUGACAGCGAGCUCCGCUUCACACAGCUCUGCGUCAAAGGUGGAGGGAGAGGUUCCAGCCUCUUGUUCUCCUUUCCAGGUUUUGGGGACAUCUUUAAACAACACAGCAGCUGUCGAGUCUCAUUCAUCACACGGACUCCUGGGGACCGCUCCUGCCCCCAGAAACUGGUACUCCCUGACUUGCAAGCCCAAGAGCUAGUGGGACCUGACCUAAAGAAAAGGUUUGGCAGAAAGGCAGGGGGGCCCCCUCCCAGGUUGUACACAGAGGCGCUGCAGGAGAAGAUGCAGCGGGGCCUCCUGGCCCAGAAGCUGCAGCAGUUCAAACGCUUUGUGGAGAACUACCGGCGCCACAUUGUGUGUGUCACCAUCUUCUCGGCCAUCUGUGUGGGCCUGUUUGCAGAUCGUGCCUACUACUACGCCUUUGCCUCACCACCCACGGACAUUGAAGAGACCACCUAUGUGGGCAUCAUCCUGUCACGGGGCACAGCGGCCAGCAUCUCUUUCAUGUUCUCCUACAUCCUGCUCACCAUGUGCCGCAACCUCAUCACCUUCCUGCGGGAGACCUUCCUCAACCGCUACAUCCCCUUCGAUGCCGCCGUGGACUUCCACCGCUGGAUUGCCAUGGCUGCAGUUGUCCUGGCCGUUUUGCACAGUGCUGGCCAUGUGGUCAAUUUCUACAUCUUCUCAGUCAGUCCCCUCAGCCUGAUGGCCUGCGUGUUCCCCAACGUCUUUGUGAACGAUGGGUCUAAACUUCCUCAGAAGUUCUACUGGUGGUUCUUUGAGACGAUUCCAGGCAUGACAGGAGUACUCCUGCUCCUAGUCCUGGCCAUCAUGUACGUCUUCGCCUCCCACCACUUCCGUCGCCACAGCUUCCGGGGCUUCUGGCUGACCCACCACCUCUAUGUCGUGCUUUAUGCCCUGCUCAUCAUCCAUGGCAGCUAUGCUCUGAUUCAGCUGCCCACUUUCCACAUCUACUUCUUGGUUCCGGCAAUUAUCUAUGGAGGAGACAAGCUGGUGAGCCUGAGCCGGAAGAAGGUGGAGAUCAGUGUGGUGAUGGCUGAGCUUCUGCCUUCAGGAGUGACCCACCUGCAGUUCCAGCGGCCCCAGGACUUUGAGUACAAGUCAGGGCAGUGGGUGCGGAUUGCUUGCCUGGCUCUAGGGACCAAUGAAUACCAUCCCUUCACGUUGACCUCUGCACCCUACGAAGACACCCUCAGCCUGCAUAUCCGGGCUGUGGGACCCUGGACUACUCGCCUCAGGGAAAUCUACUCACCCCUGACAGGUGACACCUGUGCAAGAUACCCAAAGCUGUACCUAGAUGGACCUUUUGGAGAAGGGCACCAGGAAUGGCAUAAGUUUGAGGUGUCAGUGCUGGUGGGAGGCGGCAUUGGGGUCACCCCCUUUGCCUCCAUCCUCAAAGAUCUGGUCUUCAAAUCAUCUUUGGGCAGCCAACUGCUCUGUAAAAAGAUCUACUUCAUCUGGGUGACCAGAACCCAGCGGCAGUUCGAGUGGCUGGCUGACAUCAUCCGGGAGGUGGAGGAGAAUGACCACCACGACUUGGUAUCUGUGCACAUCUAUAUCACCCAGCUGGCUGAGAAGUUUGACCUCAGGACCACCAUGUUGUACAUCUGUGAGCGGCACUUCCAGAAGGUGUUGAACCGGAGUCUGUUCACGGGCCUGCGGUCCAUCACUCACUUUGGCCGGCCCCCCUUCGAACUGUUCUUCAACUCCCUUCAGGAGGUCCACCCCCAGGUGCACAAGAUUGGAGUGUUCAGCUGUGGCCCUCCAGGGAUGACCAAGAAUGUAGAGAAAGCCUGUCAGCUUGUCAACAGGCAAGACCGAGCCCACUUCAUGCACCAUUAUGAGAACUUCUGAGCCUGCCCUCCAGUCUCCUUCCUUCCCUCUGUGGACCUCA